AUGGGCAGGGAAGAGCUGAUAUUCCAUGAGCGCCUGGAACUUCUACGCAGUUCUGCUUUCGAAUCUGAGCAUGCCUGGCAAUACGACACAUCGUAUAUGGAACACGAAGCAGCCGCAGUAGCGCUUGAACAAGAGAUUGAACAGUCGUUAGCAAGCAUAUCGCCCGACGAGAACUCAGACGAACAAAUCCGGAUCAUCAAGACACAGAUCACAAUACACAGGGAACGGCAACGUGCCUUGAGGCCACAUUUGGAGAGUGGUAGUGGUGACUUCGACGGAUGGGGAAAUGAAUGCAUGUUCGUACCUGCGCCAAAUCAAUGGGGCGCAAAUGGGGACCUUGACGAAGAGAGCGAGACUUUGUCUUCUAUACACAAGCUACUCACCUGGCAGUCGUCGUCACCGAUAUCAGUCACACCACCAUACUCACUACUUUACGAUGAACUACCAUCCCCAGACAUCCCUUACUAUUCGAUGCUGGAUGCAUACCAAGCACCAACAAUCUACCAUCUUCAUCGCACACGGGAAUGGACUGGUCUCUCAGGCAGCCGCAAUUACGUGUACACAGCGCGCGAGCACUCCGACAAGUACGCUAUGUAUAUGCUCGAAGCUAUGCAUCGUGGCGAUAACCAAAUCACUGCUGCCGACUUCUCCAGAAUUGCCGAGUAUCCAAAGACAUGUAUACACAUACUCCUCUCUGGUAUCGAGAAGCAGCGUCUGUCCACAUCGUCGAAGGAUGCCGCCUACAAAUCCCGGUGUAUACAUCUGGAUGUCAAAGAUGCAUUUGCACAGUCCGUCAAAGAAUACCCGGACCGACAACAGAAGAUCCCAUGGUCACCACGGCGCUUCACUUAUGGAGGUCGACGUUUUGUGUGGAAGUCCGGAGACUCCAAGGAUGACUCGAUGCCUGAGACGCUGUACGAAUUUCGGAAUGAUUGGGCGAAGCCGGGUAGCCGAACUGGAAAGCGUUGCGAUGAUGCACAAACGACGAAGCUAGUAUGGGGUGAGAAGAAGAGGAGUGGGAAGGUCGACAGCUAUACAAUACAUUUCGCUGGCGGCAUGGACCAAGUGUUCAGGGAAAUCCUGCUUGCCAGCCAAAUGGCACGACAGAUCUGUUUGUUCACGGCGAUGAACUGA